AGUGUUGUCCACUUUUUUUUGGGGGGGGGUGGGUGGUCAAAAAGCCUGCACAUCUGUAUGCCAUCUUAAGACCUGAUCAAUAUAUUGUUUUUUUGGACCAUACUGUUGUUUCUAUUGGCAUUUGAGGCCACAUGAGGAUUUUUCUAUAAGAACUCUCAUUUCAAGGCUGGAAGAGCUUGUUAUGAAUCAUGCAGAAUAUUGUCUUGUAUCUAAUGCUUGAAUUUUGAGAAGCCAGUUGAUGGAGCAGCUGAAGUCAUGAACCCUCCUACUUGUGUCCGGUCUGAAGUGCCUUUGGACACACAAUGAACUUGCGCUGCUUUUGGAAACAGCUCCAAUGUGGCGCUUCUGCAGACUUUAGGAGGGCUAAAAUGUAUCGCUGAAUCAACUUGAGGAAUCGUGGCAUGCUGUGCACAUCAGAGAUGAAACUGGAGCUGCACGUGUUUGCGUCAGUACUCACUGCGUAACCAAACAAGUAGAGCUACAGAGCAGUGCCAUAGAUGCAGACCGGUCCUUCUGAAAGGCAAAAAGAAGCAUCUUUUUCUUUUUUUUUUCUCUUUCUCUCCCCCAUCCUGUUUGCUGUGUUCAGUCAUUGCACUGUUGUGACUGUCGCUUUUCCAGAAAACUAAGGUAUCUUACAUCAGCUUUAUGUGGGGUGUGUGUUUGUGUCAUGAAACCUUUUUAAGAGGUGGUACAUUUUCCUUCUAUCUCCAUCCAGAAUAUAAUAGUUUUUGUAAGGUAGGGAAUAUGUUUGAAUUUCAUGCCCUUGUUUGUGUCUAGUUGGAUGUUGCUUUUGUUUUACUGAUUAGUUUUUUUUUUAAUUAUUGCAUUAUUUUACAGGGGAAGUCCAGACUGACCACCAGUCACUUCACCAGAGGCAGGACCUCAACUAUUGGGGUUGUGUGUCAGACUGUAGUUUGUUACUGCCGCUGUCAUACCAGUUUCUGCCACAAGUUCAGUCUUGAGCUCCAAAGGGUGUUGUCUAGUGCAUUAUUGCUGCUACUGUCAACAUGUCUGGGCUGUCUUCCCAGGUUGUGAAUAAAUAUUAGUUUACUAAAAUUUCAACUGAAAUUUUGGUUGAUUUCUUUAUUUUGAAAUAUAUUUGGCUUAAAUAGUAAUACUCUUCAAUUUGCAGUUAUGUGGCCUUGCAUGAUUUGGACUAUGUCUUGAGUAAUUACAUUGUGUUCUCUUUGUCUGCCAGACUCCCCGAGUGAGGAGAUUACCUCAGCGUAAUUUGUCAGAUGUGAUAAGGCAGUACUUGGCGCAACUAAGAAAGCAUGGUGUAAGCUGGGAUUUGUUGUGCAUAUAAAUUCAAUGGUGAUUGUGGAGCUGCCACUUCAUGUUUACAGAAUGGGCCAAGCUGCUGCCCGGCCUUGUAGAAGAGGAGAGUCUUAUGUUACAGAACUGUAUGACUGGUUCAGAAAGUUUGUUAUUGAGUGCCCAAGUGGGCUGAUCACUCUCCAUGAGUUUCAAAGGCAUUUCUGUGAUGGAACUGCGGGCAGUGAGUCAGCAGAGUAUGCAGAGCAGAUUUUCCGCACACUAGACAAUAAUGGGGAUGGGGUGGUUGAUUUCAGAGAGUAUGUCAUGGCCAUCAGCAUGCUUAUUGAAGGUUCAGCUGUUGAGAAACUGCGCUGGUCAUUCAAGCUCUAUGACAAAGACAAAGACGGAGCCAUCACGAAAGAGGAAAUGCUGGAGAUAAUGCAGGCAGUUUAUAAGAUGAAUGUAGCUGCUGGUUUAACCAGGCCCAACCCGCUUACAGCUGAAGAAUGCACCAACCGGAUAUUUGUGAGAUUAGAUAAAGACAAUAACGCCAUCAUCAGUCUGGAGGAGUUCAUAGAAGGAGCGCUGGAUGAUGAUUGGAUCAGAGAGAUGCUGGAAUGUGACCCGAGCACCAUGAAGGUGGAGAGGCCCCUGAAGAGGGACACUGCUUUGGAGACCCAUGGUUAAUUUGAACCAAUUCACUAUUGUUUUGACUGGAUGGGAUGGAAAUGGAUCAGCCCAUGUUUGGACUAAAAUUUCAGAGACUCAAAUGGUAUCGGUGUCUGUUGGACAAUUUUGUUGUAGCUACUUUAGAGCACUAUAAAAUUCAGAGCUUAUUUUAUAAAGCUUCCACAAUAUGAAAAGCAUCAUUUGUGGUCUUUUUGUCUUGAUCUUUUCUGUUUUUUUGUUCUUUAAAAUAUCAUAGUUAUCACGAGAUGCUUUUACAGAUCCACUUCUAUUAUUGUAUUUACUUUAUUUGCCUUAACAGGGAUGGGGCAAAUUGAUGCACAUGAGUAUAAAAAUAGAUGUAAACAGACCAGAUUUUACAAAAACUACUGUAAAAACAUCUGUAAAUCCACUGAACUUUACAAAUGAUACACAUGUAAAAGACACACAAGAUUAAAUUUUGCAAUUGUGGCUGGAUUAACGUGCACAAAAUGAUGCACCCUAAAUGCAUUUAUCUUGAUUGCUGUAGGUGCUGUAUCACAAAUAGCCUUGGUCAUCAGUAUGUACCUAAGUUUGCAAAUACAUUUGUGUAAAUAUUGUGUAAUAUGUCUUAUGCCACCUGUUACUUCAUUUUAUUUUAGAUGGAAAUAUACUUUUAACUCCUGUAUUUAUCAUCAUGGGCUUUGUAGAUUACAAAACGUAUUAGUACUAACAAUAAUGCAAUAUUUUUAAAUGAAAAAAUGGUUUAUAAUGGUUGCAGGAAGACAUCGCUGAGCUGCCACAUUAAAAUGCAGCUUAAAUGCUAAUACAUUAGGGAUAGCUGCCAAAUAUUGUCAGUCAAAUUUAUUAAUGUACUAAAUUUCAUCACACUUUUGCAGCUACUGUUUUACAAGGAUUAAAACAUAGCCAGCGUCUUCCAUCGCUGACGCUUGUAGACCA